ACAAGGCACUGUAUUUUUGUCAUUCUUUCACAAACUGGAUAGAAUUGUGGCUUGAUCCCACCCUGAGUAUGACAAAUGUUUGUUCAGCCUGCAUUUUAUAUGUUUAUUGGUGUCUACAUAUUUGUGUGUACAUAUGCACAUCUCUGCUGUACAUUUACCAACAUAAAGUCUUAAUUUAUGCUUGAUUACAUACCACAGGAGAUUUGAAAGACUUUUUUUCUGUGAUCUUUAUUUAAUAUCUCAUUUAAAUGUUUGCUAGACAUACUCCUUAUACACGCUCUCUUUUUUAUGUUUUCUAUUUGAUCUUCCUUUAAUUGAUUAUUGGUACAAUGCAUAACUGUGCAAACAUCAAAUCCAGAUUGAAACACAUACACAAUUUACAAUUAGUAUGUAUUUAUUUACAACAUCAGUCGUUCACUGGACAACACAACACACCCUUCCUGUCUCCUACUUUGUAUAGUCCUCUCCCUAACAAAACAGAUGCUCUCUCACACACAAACACACAUAGAACUCUCACAGUCAUUUAUCUGUGUGUGAUGGUAGCACUGGCUUUUCUCUGUCGGCCCAUUGAAUCUCAGUGAUCAUUAAUCAGUGUGGUUUAAUUAGGUGGCCAGUCUGGAGACAUUGUCAGUGGUGACAGCUCUGAGUUAAGAAUAAUAGGACGGAAUGGAGAGACAAAUAUAAGGUGUACAACAUACUCCCUUUGGGAAAAACUAAGAAUAGUCUUGGUGAAUUAUAAGCUAAUAUUUAUAUUUAGGGUUUCCACAGUCAUGGAGAACCUGGAAAUAUCAGGGAUUUUUUAAAUGAAGAUCUGCAGGCCUGAAAAGAAAUGAAUAAAAUCAGAAAUUUCUGUUGUGAAUAUCAAUUUAUCUAGCUAUGCUCCAAACUAAAAUAUGUCAUCAUUUAGAAAUGUAUCUUUGUGAGGGUGAUCUUUAUGAAAUCAUUUUUUAAAAUCUUUAUCCAGUAAUAAUGAAUGACUGAAAAAGUCAUGAAAAUUCACUUGUCAAAGUUUGGAAACCCUGGAGGACUCAGAGGACUUCCUGGGCUUUUCAGAGAUACCAAAUGUUUGAGAGUUUGGCCAUGAAGACUUACUCUGCUUGGUCUAUAAAUAUGGAUUGAAAUGUAUCACAGUUCAAUUCAGCUCAUCCCAUACAAUAUGAAUAAAAUAUUCUUUUUUCAAUAAACAAUUUUUAUCAUAUGUAUUUUAUGCACCAAACACUAUUUUGACAUUUAACAAAGGCAAAAUGUGAAUCUUUUUUCACUGGGUCUCAGGAACUUGUGGUAAGAUGGCAUCAUAAUAGCUUGUAAUGUAAAUAAUGAGAUCUUUAUAAUGACAGAGCAGGCUGCAUAUAUGAAAAUACACAGAAAUAUUAGUUCACACUUUAAAUAUAUCCAGGGUUGGGAGGGUUACUUUUGAAAUGUAUUCCACUACAGAUUACAGAAUACAUGCUUUAAUUUGUAAUGUAUUCCAUUAGAUUAUUCAAGGUCAGUAAUGUAUUCUAAAUACUUUGGGUUACUUCUUCUGCACUGGUAGAUUUUUUCACUUGUUUUGACUAUAAAAACUCUGCCAGUACAGUAAGAUAAAAUACACAUGUUAAAAAUACAUUCUCUGGAAAACCGAAAUAUCUUAUUCAGUGUUGUUUCUAAAACAAGAUAAAUCAAAUUGAUCUUGUUUUAAGGAUUUUUAGAUAUUUUUACAGGAAAACAAAUACAAAAAUUAUUAUCAAGAACACGAUUUUUGCCCUAAUAUCAAAGGUCUUACUAGAAAAAAAGAAAUUAUGAUCCAUCGUGAAUUUUCUUGAUAAAAAAAAAUAUGAUCGUGUCUGGUAACGUGCAUGUAAAAUGGCUAGAAAUAGCAUUUUAGCUUAGCGUAAAGCUGACAAUUUACACAAGGUUUAUUUCUAUUUCUUCUGCUCCAAACUUACUUCAAACGUACUUCUCUGUCUGCUGGUAUGAAUGUAACACAUCAUAAGAAAGUGUUUCACCGCUGUACAAAUGCACUUUGUAUCGCAUCAUUUAUAUGUAUAAAUGUUUUCCAUCUGAAAGGACUAAAUAUUAAAUGAAACAAAUGACAAUAAAAUGCAAAGUAAUCUCUUCAGUAAUCAAAAUACUUUUUGAAUGUAACUGUAUUCUAAUUACCAAUGAUUUAAAUUGUAACUGUAGUGGAAUACAGUUACUUGUAUUUUGUAUUUUAAAUACGUAAUCCCAUUACAUGUAUUCCAUUACUCCCCAACCCUGAAUAUAUCUUAUAAAAUGUCUAAAUUAUUCAAGCUCUGUGGUUUAAAAAAAAAUAAUAAAAAAAAUAUUUUUUGUGGUGGGCAUGAAUGGAAUGUAAUGGUGAUUGAGAGAUAGGCCUCAAAAGCCUGUUGUUUCAUAUUUGAUACAUGGAUUUUAAAGUUUUUUUAACAAGCACAAGUUGCUUAUAUUCAGCAAAUACAUAUUUUAAAAUAUCAGUAACAAUAUAACCAUUACUGUCACUUUUACUUUAUUAAAAUAAGAUGUAUUUUAUCCCAACAUAAGAGUCACUUUCACGCAAGUCCAACACCAUUUUAAAUAGAUCGGUAUAAACAUUGAAACCACUUUUUUCACAAAUAACCACUAGAUGGUGCCAUAAACCUGUGAAACUUACAUACCAUAGUUUGUUUGGCUCGCCAGCUUGAACAGAGAGUGAAACUGGAGUCCUCAAACGUUGUGAAUCAUACGUGACAGCGUUAUAGGCUUAAGAUUCUGCAUUAUAUCAAGGUCACUUAUAAGACGUAUGUAAAUUUGUGACAUUGAUCUGUGAGCAGUGAUACAGUAAGCCAUUUCUGUUUAAUAAUGUAGCCUACUUUUAUAUUAAAUUAGACAAACGCAAAAAAGAAGCAUUUUCACUAAUGGUCUCAAACUUUUGCACCCUGCUGUUGCUAAAAUGGCUUGUAGAUGUGGUUUUAUUUGCUGUUUGUUAACUAAAUGUUAGAUGCAAUCACAUUUCAUUAUUUUCCAUUUUACAUACAACAUACAGCCUGUAUAACCUCACUAUUCUGAAAAGAUAGCUUAUAUUUUAUCAUCAAUUUUCUGUCCCGAGGCCUUUGUCACCUAGCAGAGGGUUUGUGAAUGGGCUGUACUCAUCAUCUAGCUGCUAGCGAACAUUGCGCGUAAAUUAUAAUGCAAAUGAUGAUUAUUGCGUGUCAUAUUCUUGCUGCACAUGUGAAAAUCCACAUGGUCACGCGCUCAUUGUCCACGCGCUGCUGUUGUGAUGAAUUGCCGUGCGUGCUUAACGAGCAGAGGAGGCGGGUAAUAAAUUCAUAUUGCGCGCUCCUAUGGGAGUUCUGUGUGUAGUAGUUUAUUUGUGUGCAACGACGGAGAGCAGCUCUUCUGCAUUUACCGUUUUAUGAGGUAAGGUUACUUGAUUUUAUCUACAUAAAAUACUGAAAAUUAUCUUGUUUUUCUUCCAUAUGUUUGCCAUUUAUAUGGUAGCGUUGCUUUAAUCAUAUUUUUCAGAUAUAUAUUCAUCAUUGAAACUAAUUUUGGGCUGGAUGAGUGAAGUGAAAAGCGAUAGUAAAUAAAAGAAAAACAACUGAUUACACUACCAUUAUUUACAGCAAGAGCGCAGUUGUUAUUGGCAGUGAAAUUAGAUUUGAGGUGAUUUUACAUCAGAAUUACUACACACAUUUAACAUUAAAAAAAAAUCAAUUGCCUAUAUAUUUAACAUUUUUCAUAUUUUACAUAUAGUUUUUGCACAGUUUUUUAUAAAGCUGAUACUGAAAAGAUUGACACAAGUUCUAGGAUAUAAUCUAGCCUAAAUCCAUCACUUUGCACUUUAGAUUACAUUUAUAUCUCAUACCGUUCAGAUUUAUAUUUCAUAAACAUUUUAGCACUCUUUGGUUCCAAAAAAUUAUUGUGAUCUAAUUAUACCAUUUUACAUGUAAUUGAUCUAUUGUUAGGCUCUAUUAUCCUUCUAAUCAUGUUAUAUGGAGUCCAAAAGAGUGAACUGAGAACACUAAUGAAAAUGCUUAUUUAUUUAGAUUUUUUUAUAGCCUGGAAUUAGAAAUAGUGCAGAAUGUUAAGACUUGUUUUGUUAAGUCAGAGUUUCUUUGUUUAACAUUUUUAUAUUAGAUAUUUAAUUCCAGAUUUCCAAAAUGGACUCAGACUUUUGGAUGCCACUGUAUCCAAAUAUCUUAAGGCUAGGUUUAUACUGGCUUUUUACACAAAUAGGGGUGAUGUAUCGAGGUUUCUGUUUCCAUUUCAGUAAUGGAUUGCCUAAUUUGCUCUCUGUGUGGAUGUAUAUAAUUAUAAUAAGCUAUAUUGCCAUCUUUUAUGUCUUGCGAGCUCUCCAUUUGUAGCCUGUGCAGAUCAGUUGUAUGGACAUUUCUGUUAAUAAACACAGAAUAUAAAUCAAACAUAUUUUGUUCUCCUUUACUCUCAUUGUGCAUUUUCCACCUCAAUGUCACUCAUUAUUUUUCUCCAUAUCUUUUCAUCACUGUUCAUCAUGACCCUCCACUCUUCUUCAAUCUUCUGUCAAUCAGACUUGUACUGAUUUACUGGAGACAGGAGCACGUUCCAUGUGUGGCAUUAAAAAAUCAAAAGACAUGCAUGUGAGUGAGCAUUUCCGAUAGACACAGUAACAGUAUGAGGGAGCAAAAUCUGCCCAGUGGAAGAAUUAUGGACAACACAACUCUCCUGGAGUGUUUCGGGUUCCAACAGAGGCAAUACACAAAGCCCGGCUCUCUGAGACGCCUCACCAGAGCCUUCCAGCCAAUCCGAUGCUACCCUGAGGCACAGCCACACCCAAAACAAUUCUCACGUGUGAACAGUCAUUCUAAAGCUGAGCGGAUGGUGAGGGACACAGCCAUGGGCUGUGAAAGCGCCUCCAUGAUGAGCAGUGAGCUGGAGUCAAGCUCCUUCAUUGACAGCGAGGAGGAUGAGAAUGCUAGCAGACUGAGCAGUUCCACAGAGCAGAGCUCCUCUUCUCAGUUAAUGAAGAGACACAAGCGCAGACGGCGGCAACACAAAGUGGCCAAAAUUGACCGAUCCUCUUCCUUUAGCAGUAUCACAGAUUCAACCAUGAGCCUCAGUAUCAUCACGGUUACACUUAAUAUGGAGAAGUAUAACUUUCUUGGCAUCAGUAUAGUGGGCCAGAGUAACGAUAGAGGAGAUGGUGGUAUCUACAUUGGCUCUAUAAUGAAGGGAGGAGCUGUGGCAGCAGACGGGAGGAUAGAGCCAGGAGACAUGCUGUUACAGGUAAACGAUGUUAACUUUGAAAACAUGAGCAAUGAUGAUGCUGUGAGGAUCCUCAGAGAGAUUGUCUCAAAGAAUGGCCCUAUUGGUCUCACUGUUGCCAAAUGCUGGGACCCUUCUCCUCGCAGUUACUUUACGAUACCCAGAGCUGAACCGGUUAGGCCCAUUGACCCUGCAGCAUGGAUUUCCCACACUACUGCACUAACUGGAUCUUACCCACAAAAUGGUACAGUCUUCCUUCUGUCAGGUGACAGCAUCUUCUUUGUUGCAAGGCAUUUCCCUUACCAUCCUGUUGUGCUUGUGCUCUUCACAGGGUUUGAUGAUCUCCCUCUUUCAGUGGGAAAGACAGACAUGGCCACUAUUGUAAAGAUGAUGCAGCUCCCAGACUCAGGACUAGAAAUAAGAGACAGAAUGUGGCUGAAGAUUACCAUUGCUAAUGCUGUUAUAGGAGGUGAUGUAGUUGACUGGCUGUACUCGCGGGUCGAAGGAUUCAAAGACCGGCGGGAUGCCAGGAAAUAUGCUAGCAGUCUUCUGAAGCACAACUAUCUCAGACACACCGUGAACAAGAUUACCUUCUCUGAACAGUGCUACUACACAUUUGGAGAUCUCUGCCAAAAUAUGGCUACUCUAAACUUGAAUGAGGGUUCACGCGGUGGUGGUUCAGAGCAGGAUACAUUGGCCCUUCUUCCCCCGCCUUCCGCUAACCCUUGGCCUAUGGGUGGCCAGCCCUUUCCUUACCCACCCUUCUCCACAGCACUUUCUGGAUUCCCUCCAGUAUAUUCCGACCCCUGCCACAGCUUCCACAGUGGCAGUGCAGGAAUCCAGCACAGUGAGGGAAGUCAAAGCAGUAGUUCCAACCCAAGUGUUGGGAGGAGCCAGCGGCCCCUGCCAAGGGACAAGGACCGGAAGUCAGCGGGCAGCGGCGACAGCAAAUCGGAUUCAGGCAAUCGUGCAGGUGGAAGGCGGGGUGAACAUUCAGCCAGCCAGUUGAGUCACCGUAGCCAUGCUGUGUCAUCUCACAGCCACGCCCACUCUGGACAUAGCCACACCCAUUCCCGGGUUCCCUCCCAACAUAGCCGUGCAUCCUUUUCAUACAGUUCCAAGUACGGCCACAACUCUUGUGCACUAAGCGAACGGAGUCAUGCUUCCUCUUACGGACCCCCAGGCUUGCCUCCUCCCUACAGCCUGGCCAGAUUGACUCCUAAAGGGGCAAUCAGCAGCACCCCCCCAGGGGCCCCACCAGUAAGGGAGCUAGGGGCCAUACCUCCUGAACUCACUGCCAGUCACCAGUCCUUCCAGCAUGCAAUGGGCAACCCUUGUGAGUUCUUUGUGGAUAUAAUGUGAUCAUCUGGUGAGAUCAGAACAGUACACUGAAACGCAUUCUGUAACCUCUCACAGCCCCUCUGUUGCCUUGAUGUGUAUUUAAAGAUGCAGCCGGUGCCAUAAAGAAUACAUGGUAAGCUUUCACCAACUAGUCAUGUGUUGAGCAGAGGGCAAAUUCCUAUAUAAAUCAGGAAGUUCGACAACAAAAAGGGAAACAAAUGUUUUACACUAAACAGUUCUUUUGAAGUGAACUCUGUGUGGAGUUUACUACGAUAAAAUUGCUAUUUUAUAAGAGAAGUCAGACCAUUUUGCGACAGGUAGGUGUCAGUUUACGGCUCUCCCCAUUCGUUUGUAUGGUAUCCGCAAACAGUGACUUACUGUCGUAACACUCUGAACGCGGUUGAUUGGCUUGGAAGACUCACGUGAUCCAGUCUCUCUCAACCUUUACACUCUCUCCUAUGGUUAAGCUGUGAAGGUUAGUAUCUCGGUAUAUAAAGGAAUCUCCAACAAUACCAUUGCUGUUGCACACAUUCAAAAAGUAAAGACAAUCAGAUGAUGCCUUGUGCUGGUCAGGAGCUGUUAGUCAUUCCAGGCUGCUGAACACUAGGAAAUCACAGUCCAAAAAGUAUUUUCAUGUUGUAUUUGUUCCUUUUAAGAUCUCUAUUUAAAACCAAUCUUUAUAUUGUAGUUCCAUUUUAUGAUGCUCUUGACAUGAUUAAUGCUUAAAUCUCUUGUGCACUACAAAGCUGUCUGGGAUGGUGACAAAUAUAGGAGGAAUUGAUCAUUUUGGACAUGUUUCCAAUUAUUAAUAUGUUUGAAAUAUGGUAGAGUGGCUCCCUUGGCUAUGAUGCACUAGCUAGAUUUUUUUCAAGUUAUAAAAAAAACAACAAAAAAAAACAAAGCUCCAAAGCUUCUGGAUAUCAGAGUAAGUCCAAGAACAAGCACUUAUGUGUGUAUGUGCAAAACAAAUUGACACAAAUCUAAAAUUAUUUGUAUAUUCAUAAGAUGUUCUGAAAUAUUGUCUGUAAGUCCUAUGGAGUCUCUUGCCCCUGGGAUAAUGUGUCAGUUGUAUGAUGUGAUAUCUGGUACUGGUAACAUGUUAAUCAGAAAUUAAGUUGCUGAUGAAGUUUAAAGGAACUAAAUGAAGGAAGAUUAGUAAGGAUAAUGACUGUGUGCGCUACUGUAUGUGUAGUAUGUAACACAUUAAAAACUCAGCUCAAGAAAAAGGCACUUUUAUUGUGAAACCGUGUGGAUCAUUAUCAGAUGCAUUGUCUAUUUUUCUCUCUUUGGAAGAUUUGGGGGAAAUCGUUGUACAUUGUUGAUUUUAAUUGUAUAUAUGAAAAUAUAUAAUUGUAUAAAAGAUAUGUACAAAGCUUCUGCUCAUGCCUUUUUGUAGUUAUGUAUAAUAUAAAUUACACUUAGCACUUUUGAGUUUGUGGGUUUUCUGUUAAAGGUAGUUUUUUUUUGGUUUGUCCAUCUGUCAGUAAAACUUACCAAAAUAAAGUUGUCUGCUCAGUUUCAUUUGUAGGCUAGUACCAACAUAACUUAAUAUUUGUUUCAUCUGAAAAAUCCAAUAAAAAAAAUAUUUGGUUUGGAUGUUUAUUGAUAUUACAUAAAAAUAUAGCCUAAUAAAACAAUAGUUUUACAAUAACAGCUACAUCAGAAGCUGUAAACUGCAAUUGUGGAAGACAAGCAAGGCAUACUAGACAAAAUCAUAAUUAAUUUCUUAUGUAAGAUCCAUCUUAAUGGACAGGUGAAUUUAACCCUUUAAGCUCUGAGGGUGUUUCUGCAUACCCAAAAUUACAUUCUUAUAACUU